GAGGAGGCUGAAGGGUGAGUGAGGGGCACCUGAGGGGCUGAAGGGUGAGUGAGGGGCUCAAGAGUCCAGGAGGAGGCUGAAGGGUCAGUGAGGGGCACCUGAGGGGCUCAAGAGUCCAGGAGGAGUCUGAAGGGUCAGUGAGGGGCUCAAGAGUCCAGGAGGAGUCUGAAGGGUGAGUGAGGGUCUCAAGAGUCCAGCAGGAGGCUGAAGGGUGAGUGAGGGGCACCUGAGGGUCUCAAGAGUCCAGGAGGAGGCUGAAGGGUCCAGGAGGAGAUUGUGAAGGGUCAGUGAGGGGCAUCUGAGGGGCUGAAGGGUCCAUGAGGGGCACCUGUGGGGCUCAAGAGUCCAGGAGGAGGUUGAAGGGUCAGUGAGGAGAACCUGAGGGGCUGAAGAGUCCAGGAGGGGGCUGAAAGGUCAGUGAGGGGCACCUCAAGAGCUGAAGGGUCCAGGAGGAUGCUGAAGAGUCAGUGAAGGGCUGAAGGGUCAGUGAGGGGCACCUGAGGGGAAUGGCGGGUGUGUGAGGAGGUCUGUGAUGGGUUGAGGGGUCCCUGAGUGGGGCAGCUCUGCUCCAGCUCUCAGAACCCAGAGCAUUUAAAAUCCUAAAUGACCAUUUAAAUCUUCCUCUGAUACAGGUGUUCCAGUGCUGGUUCCUUUGACACGACCCAGCUGGUGUGAGGUACAGCAGUUUCAGCUCAAGAAUGGCUCAUUCUCGUUCAGCACGGGACUUUGUUGCACUUUCAGAUCUGCAUCCAAACCUUGCUCGUCCUAAUGUAAUCGGGGUGGUUAUUGGGAAAACAGAUGUCAGAAGCUUUCCAGACCGAAAAAACAUAGGCUCUGAAAGAUACACCUUCAAUUUUACCAUUCGUGAUUCCCCAACUUAUUUCAUUAAUGUCCAGUCCUGGGGCAGAGAAGAGUACAUCAGAUCCCUCUCAGAGAGCUUCAGGGUUGGUGACUGUGUUACAAUCGAAAACCCUUUAAUUCAGUCAAAGGAAGCAGAAAGAGAAGAAAAAUUCAACCCUGUAACUCCUAGCAGCUACAAAUUACUGCUCAGUGAAAAUCACUCUGUGGUUAAAACCUCUUCCUGCUACGACACAGACACCCGGCUCCUGGCUCUGCUGCACCUGCCCGUCAAGGACCCUCAGGAUUAUUAUUCCCUGGGGGACAUCGUGGCAAACGGACAAAGCCUCCAUGGGAGAGUCCUCAACGUGCUGGCAGCUGUGAUGGCAGUUGGGGAGCCAAAGUAUUUUAUGACUUCAGACAAAAGGAAAGGCCAGAGGUGUGAAGUAAAGCUGUAUGAUGAAACAGAGAGGGCCUUCCCAAUAGUAUGCUGGGAUAACGAAUCCAUCCAGCUGGCACAGAGUUGGAUCCCCCAAGAAACAGUUAUAUUUGCAUCAGAUGUGAGAAUCAAUUUUGACAAAUUUAGGAACUGCAUGAGUGCAACUGUGAUAUCCAAAACCAUCAUUACAACUAACCCAGAAACAGCAGAAGCAAAUGUUCUCUUCAGCUUCAUCAAAGAGAGUGCCCAGGCAGGAGCUGUGCCCAGCCCAGGGAAGGAGCUGCCAAAUGAAACCAUAAACUUGGAGGCUGUAGUGGAUGUCUACACAGUGGAACAGCUGAAAGAAAAAGCUCUCCAGAGUGAUGGGAAGCUGGAGCCUGUCCAUGGAAUUAUUUAUGGCUACAUUUCCACCCUGGACAUCGACGAGAGCGUGUCCAGAGUCCUGCGCAACAGAUGCUCAAUCUGCCGGUUCAUCGUGAACGAGGUGUCAAACACCUGCACCUUCUGCAGUGACGUCCCUCCAGAGGCCAAGGCCACCUUUGCCAGCUUUGACAUCCUGGUGGAUGUGACAGACCACACGGGCACCCUGCGCUCCUGCUACCUGGCUGACUGUGUGGCUGAGGACACGCUGGGCUGCACAGUCCCUGAAUUCCUCCUGCUGGAAGAAGACCAGAAGACUGCACUGAAAUGGCAACUCCUCUUGGAACGAAGCAAGAUUUACUUCAAAGUUACUUCAUCACCCAAUUGGAGAACUGGAUUAAAAGUGAAUCUUCUUUCCUGCAAACUGGCAGAUCCCAUAGAGGCGAGUCAGAGCUUGUUGGGAAGAGACUGGAAUUAUUUAUAAAUGCCAGGAAAAUUAUUCAUAAAUGCUAGGAAAAUCCUUCCUUCACUCUGUCGUCAGAGAUGGAAUUCUGCUGUUGUUGGGUUUUGCCAAGUCUGUUCUGAUGGUAAAGGAGAAGUGCACGUUACAGUACCUCAAAGUGGCCUUCUGAGUUCAUAUUUUUGGGUGGUUGUACUUUAAAAAGUGUACUUGGGCCUCAGCUCUACCAAAUUCAACCCCUUUCAAGGGGGCUGGAAGAUCUCCUCACUCAGCUGAGGUCUUUAAAAAAUCAGAAAUAACAAAUAGGUCAAAAGAGAUCUGUUGAACUUGUGUGGUUUUGACUGCUUUGCAGCUUUUGUGUUAAAGAAAUAAAGACCCCCCUUGAAACACUGCCUGGGUUUGUGCUGCACCUUGCUGAGGCCAAGCACGGAGCUGUGGGCAAGAGCAGGGCUGAUUCUCUUUGGGCAGGCUAAGUCUAAUUAGAGCAGAGGAAUCAAUUAGCAGUGAGCUCUGACAAACAAAAAUCAAGCUGAGGCUGUAGGCAGGACUCCGUUCACCAAAGCUGGAAUUAAAGAGCCCAGGUAUGUGUUUUGUGCCUUCCCUCAUGUAUUUUUCCCUGUUUUUAAUCUGUUGCUGUCCAUAGCUGCCCCUCCUGCUGGUGUAUUUGUUACAUCCUCACUCCUGAGCACGCUGGGACCCAGCCUCAACAGAGGGAGAUCCCCCAGCCCUGCUCUGGAAAAGGGUUUUAGGCCAGGACACCCUGGGGAGCUCAGACCCCCCUGGUGCCCUCCCUACCCUUAAAGCAGCGUGGCACAGAGAAACCCCACAGAACCAGCAAAUCCUGACACACAAUCCCAGACUGCCCCCUGACUCGAGGGUGGCAACAGAGACCCCAAAAUGCUGCCAGCGUUGGGUCAAAUCCUGACACACAAUCCCAGACUGCCCCCUGACUCGAGGGUGGCAACAGAGACCCCAAAAUGCUGCCAGCGUUGGGUCACGCACCCCUCUUGUAGCCAUGAAUGAUUCAACACUUCCCAGCCGUAACAAUUCCCAUUCUGAAGGGAAUGCUUCCAAUAAAAAGAUUCAACACUUUCCAGCCGUAACAAUUCCCAUUCUGAGGGGAAUGUUUCCAAUAAGCUCAUCCCAACUCUGGCAAUGCCCAGGGCUGGAGAUGAACUGCAAACCAUGCCCUGCUGCUGUUGCCAGAGGUGGGGAUGUUUGACAGGCAGGAGGAAAUGCAAACAGUGCAGACAAUUCCACGCUUCCUCUUGCAGAACUGUUCACCCUAAUGGCUGUUUUCAUUCUGAAGAAAUUCUAAAGGAAUUCUUCAAUUUCUUCUCCCAGUGUGGUGUGCAGCACCCUGGACUGUGCUGCUCUCACUCUGGGAGACAGGAUUUUUCUCUGUAGAACUCCCCACUUUUAAAACCAAAGCUUUUCCUUGCAGUUAUUAAGAUCUGGCUGUGAUAAAUGGAAGUGUUUAGCUUUGGUGCUUUGCAUUUCUGUAAAAAAAAAUAAAUCUGUUUUUGUUAGAAAUGAACCAGUUCUGCGCAACCUUUGAAAAUCUAAGUUUUGAUGUUUGCAUGGGGAGGAUUUUUUAGAUUACAUUUCACAACUUGCUCUGUUGAAUUGAAAGAGAACUCGCUGUCGUGCAAACCGGUGGGGAGUGCUGGAACAGCUGGAGUG